AUCCAAGAAAUUAUACAACUAGCCCAAGAAACUCAAAGGCUUAUUCACAACCAAAGCAUAGGAAAGCAGCUUCUUCUACCUCAUUCACCAAAGAGCAAGUAAUGGGAUCUGAAACCUCUCUCAAGCUUCCUGUCAUAGACUUCUCAGAUCCAGAGCUGAAGCCAGGAACUCUCCAGUGGAACUUGGUGAAAGCCCAAGUGCAGAAAGCACUUGAAGAGUAUGGUUGCUUUGAGGCUUUUUUCAAUAAGGUUCCUCUAGAUCUUCGUAAGGCGAUAUUUGGUGCUCUGGAAGAACUUUUUGAUCUCCCUCUACAAACCAAGUUGAGAAACUCUUCCAAAAAGCCUUAUCAUGGUUAUGUUGGGCAGUAUCCAACGGUGCCACUCUAUGAGAGCAUGGGCAUUGAUGAUGCACUAGUCCAAGAAAAAGCUGAACAUUUCACUAAGCUCUUGUGGCCUGAAGGCAAUGCUAAUUUUUGCAAAACUAUACAAUCCUUCUCAGAACAACUGUCAGAACUGGAUCAUACAAUCAGGAGGAUGGUGUUAGAGAGCUUGGGCAUGGAGAAGUACUUGGAUGAGCAUAUGGAUUCUACAAACUACCUUCUUCGUGUCAUGAAAUAUAAAGGGCCUCAAACUACCGAAACCAAGCUUGGGCUAAAUGCUCACACAGACAAGAACAUAGUUACCAUAUUGUAUCAAAAUCAAGUUGAUGGACUAGGGGUGCAGACAAAAGAUGGCCAAUGGAUCAACAUCAAAUGCUCACCAGACUCUUUUAUCAUCAUGAUCGGAGACUCUUUCCUCGCAUGGACAAAUGGUCGACUGCACUCUCCAUAUCAUAGGGUGAUGAUGACUGGAAAUGAGUCCAGGUACUCUACUGGAUUGUUCUCAAUCCCAAAAGCAGGGUAUGUGAUAAAAGCCCCAGAAGAGCUUGUGGAUGAAGAACACCCUUUGCUCUUCAAACCGUUUGAUCAUCUAGAAUUCCUCCAGUUCUACUACACUGAAGCUGGUCAGAGAGCUGAAUCUGCUUUAAAAACCUACUGUGGUGUGUAAGAGUCUAGGAUAGAUAUAUGAGGGCUUGUUUUGUGUGUCUAUAUAUGCUCUUUGCUUCUCUUCUAAGCUCUAUUCUGUAAGAAAAAAAUACUGCUUGUUUGCUACAUGUAUCAUUGCACAAAAUCUGGAUAAAAAAACAUCACUCUAGAGUGUGUAUGGAAGCCAUUUCAUCAAGGCCUGAAGCAUAAUGGCUAGUGGAAGCAUGUUUAUUUUUAAUAAAGGAUCUUUUCCAUAAGCUCUUA